AUGGCUCUGGACGGUUGUUGGAAAACCAAAACACUAGCAUACUCCAAGUUGUACUGCAAUGGAAUCGUCUUCAACGAAGGGAACCCGGCCAAAGCUUCUCUUCCCGACUUGGCACCUUCACAGAGUCCAUAUCUGAAUUUGAGACCAUCAACAGAAGGAAGGUGGUACUCCACUUCAGUGCAGUGCGACUCAAAGUCAUUGAACGAUGCUGGAAGAGGACUCUUGAUCAAAUGCUUGAUUUGA